AUGCUUCGUGUGCGUGUUAAAUUUAUUUACGAAUCGACAAUACAGGUUAUAGUUGUCGGCGCAGGGCCUUGUGGCCUCCUACUUGCAGUCCUUCUCUCAAAGCAAGGGGUACAGGUCCAAGUGCUAGAAGCCUCGAGCGAACUCGACGACCAGCCGCGAGCUUGCCACUACAGCGCCCCCGCCAAGUUCGAGCUGCAGCGAGCGGGCGUGUUGGAAAAAAUCAGCGCGGAAGGAUUCUUCCCGCGCAGUGUAUGCUGGAGGAAGAAGGAUGGGACCCGUAUUGUCGGACUAAACAACGAAACCGAGCCGGAGAGCAGCCUGCAUAGGAUGGUCGCCCUCGAGCUUGGUCGUGUGGUCCAGAUCUUAUACGAUGCCGCGAUUGAGCAGGAGAGUACCGAAGUUCUGAUGGGCCACAGAGUCACCAGCAUUGGCCAGGAUGACCUCUCAGCUUGGGUGGAGGUGACCCUGUCGUCUGGCCAAUCUGCCCAUUUCAACGCGGAUUAUAUCAUCGGAUGCGAUGGUGCGAACAGCCAGAUUAGACGGUCACUCUUUGGAGACUUGGAAUUCCCCGGCUGGACGUGGGAUCAUCAGAUUAUUGCAACAAACGUGUACUACGACUUUGCUCAAUUUGGCUACGAGGACUCAAACUUCAUCGUGCAUCCGCAGGACUGGUACAUGGCAGCAAAGAUCUCUAAGGACAACCUCUGGAGGGUCACAUACGGGGACGUGCCUGGGCUAACCAAGGAACAAUACGCCGAAUGGCUUCCAGCUCGCUACGAGAAGAUAUUACCAGGGAACCCAAGGCCGUCUGCGUACAAGGUGACCAACAUCGGCCCUUAUAAGAUGCACCAAAGGCUGGCCAAGUCUUUGCGAGUAGGAAGGUUUCUGCUCGCUGGCGACGCCGCUCAUCUUUGUAACCCUUUCGGCGGCCUCGGGUUGACCGGCGGUAUAGCGGAUGUCGGGGCCCUGUACGAAGCUCUCAUCGGUAUUCACAGGGGCGUGGCGGACGACGAAAUCCUCACAGAGUACAGCGAGGCGCGGUCUGCCAAGUAUCGCGAAUUCGUGGACCCGCUGUCCACCGCGAACUUUCGACGCCUGUGGGACAAAGACCCGGAAACGACAAUCGUUGAGGAUGAGUUUUUCCAAAUGGCGAGGGAGGCAGAGGCGGAUCCGGACGUGGCAAAGAGCAUGCUCGAGGGAUUCAUGCAGUUGAGAUCAGAUCUUACUCGGUCAUAUAAAGGGCAAGAGCAUUAG